AUGUUGUUUGAUCUACAGCAGGAAUUCAAGAUGCUCAAUAUUCCCUUUAAUGGAUCAAAAGAUCGAGACUUAUUGUUUGAUCAGAUAUCCAAUAAUUUUGAAUUGGUUGAGGAAUUCAGCAUCUCAUCUGUUGUUAAUCCUGGUUUCAGACCAGUUUUUGCUUCAUGGCCACAGAAGAUCAGUGUCAGGAGAUUCGAUUGGUUCACUGUGGAAUCUCUUUUGGCGUGCACUUGCAGUAGAAUUACACUUGAGGAUUCUCACCUGAAAAACAAGCAUUUGGAUGAUAUACUCAAGAAGUGGAAGACUGGAGGAUUUCCGAAUCUCAAACGUCUGACGAUUAAUAGCCUGAUGAUCACGGAUGAUGGAGAACAUAUUUUGGGAAUAAGAAAACGGAGAGCUGGAGAGUUACCGAAUCUGAAACGUCUGAUGACUAAUAUCCAGAAAAUCUCAAACAAUGGAGCUAAAACGAUGACCAAAACUCUGAGUUCUUACGGAGUAGAGACCGCUGGACCACCAGGACCGGCAGGAGCUGAUGGAAACCCAGGAACUGAAGAAGCUGUUGGAAAUCCAUGGACUGCCGGAGCCGAUGCUUCCCAAGAGGCUCCCGGUCACUUCUGCUUCGAUUGCCCAUCAGGACCAGCUGGACCAACCGGAAACGCUGGACCACUACGACCACGAGGAGGCCCAGGAGCCAUACGAAACACACGACCAGUUGGAGCCGGAGAACCACCAGGGCCAUAA